AUGAAGCUGCUAAAGUUCGCGUUCCUCGGCGUCGCCGCGGCGUUCGCGCCCCGGAGCCCCGCGGCGGCGCCCCUGGCGCCCGUCGCGCCCGCGUCGACGACGGCGCUCAACUCCAUCAAGAUCACGGUGCGGUCGGGCGAGUCGGUGGACUCCGUCAUCAUGCGCCUGCGCCGCGAGGUGAACAAAUCGGGCCACCUGCGCACGCUGCGCAACAAGCGCUACCACGAGGACGCGCGGGAGAAGAAGAAGCGCAAGCUCGCGGAGGCGCGACGGAAGAUGAAGUUCGCGCGCCAGCGCAAGCGCCGCGCCGCGCGCCGCCGGCCGAUGGCGCGACGCGUCCUCGCGGUCCUCCUCGGCGCCGCCGCGGCGCGCGCCGUGACGCUGCACGGGUCCAUGGGGUCGCGGUCGCCGCUCUGCAACUGGUACCUCGAGGAGCGCCAGAUCCCCUACACCAUGGUCGCGCCGCGGCCGUCGGCGCACCCCUUCAACCAGGUGCCCUUCCUCGCCGACGACGGCGGCGUCGAGGUCUUCGAAUCGGGGGCGAUCCUGCUCUACCUCGCCGACAAGUACGACGCGGGCUGCGGCACGCCCGAGGACCGCGCGAAGCACGCCAAGUGGGUCGUCUGGGCCAACGCGGCGCUGGACCCCAUCUGCUUCGUCGAGAACGACCGGGGCCAGGUCGUCGGCACGAAGCUCGACCAGCCCGGCCGCGCGGUCAACGUCCUCGACGAGCUCCUCGCGAGCUCCGAGUACCUCGUCGACGGCGCCUUCUCCGUGAGCGACGUCGCCGUCGCGUCCUACCUCAACUACGUGCCCCUCUUCUUCCCCUCCGUGAACCUCGGCAACACGCCCAACGUCUGCCGCUACAUGAAGCGCUGCGCGGAGCGGCCCGCGUUCGCGGCGGCCUUCGGCGACGCGCACUCCGCCGCGGUCCUCAAGGCCGUCGACCGCGCGGCCCAGGGCGGGGACAAGAAGCUCUUCGGCAUCUUCUAA